AUGAAACGGUUGGAUUUACAAGGAAUUCGUGGAAUAGCAAUUCUGGCGGUUCUAGGAUUCCACUUUUUCCCCAAAAUCUUUCCAAAUGGAUAUUUGGGUGUUGAUCAGUGAGUUUCCAAGCUUUUCUAGCUUUCUCCAAAAAAAACCUUCCAGAUUCUUUGUGCUCUCUGGAUUUCUCAUGUGCAUGUUACUAUCAAAAAGCGAGAAAACUGAACAAUCAACUCUUUCAAUGAUCCAAAAUUUCUAUAUCCGUCGAUUCCGCCGAAUUCUUCCACUAUACUAUCUCAUCAUUUUUAUCUCUCUUAUAUUUCUCUACGCCAUUUUUCCUGAUUCCGCAAUCGUCAUCAAUGAAAAAUCAGCAAAACAAGCCAUGAUGUUCCUAUCAAAUCGUUUGAAAACCGACGAAGAAAGCUAUUUCGAAAUGCUUUCGAUUGCUGUUGAUAUUUUCACACAUACCUGGUCACUUUCAGUCGAAAUUCAAUUUUAUUUACUGGCCCCCUUAAUAUUCCUAAUUCCUUCAAGAAUCGCGUCAAUGGUUUAUUUAUCGAUCGGAAGUUUGAUCUAUUUUUAUCAACUUCCACCGAGUUUCACGUUUAUCAAUGUUUUUUCGAGGAUUUGGCAAUUUUUAGCGGGAAUGAUGGCGUUUAUUUUGUGUUGUGAAAAUUCUAUGCAAGAAAAUGCGUAUAAAUUAUUGGAAGAAGGUGAAGAUAUUGUGGAGAACUGCGAGAAAUCGGAUGAUUCGAAAAAUCCAUUGAGAUUUUUUAAACCUUGCUCGAAAAUUAGUAUGGUUUUGACGGUUUCGGUGAUUUUGGUAAACUUCAAUGUGUUCACUUUGCCCGCGGAUUUUGUGAGGUAUUUUUCGAAAUUCUCAAAGGGUUUCUAAAAAAUAAAUUUGAAUUUUCGACGUUUUGGGCUAAUUUCAGACCUAUCAUCACAUUUCUAACCACCGCAAUUAUAAUCUUCUCAAAUAGUGAAAACAACAAACUUCUUUCAAACAAUAUUCUAACAUAUAUUGGUGAUAUAUCCUAUUCAUUAUAUUUAAUCCAUUGGCCAAUUUAUGCUUAUUGGAAGUUGACACAAAAUGAAAAUAUAUUAAUGUUGAUUGUCGCAAUAAUAUUAUCAAUUGCUUCGGCGGCUCUUGUGUAUAAUUAUUUUGAAAAAUGGUAUACAGUUUUGUCAAAUCGGAAUGUUGCGAUACUGUCGGCUAUUUUAUUGAUAGGAAAUGUGAUGAUUUUACAUCAUGAAACUAUCAAUGAACAUCUUGAAGAUCAAAAAAAUGUGCUGCACAAUUUCACAAGUCUCGAUGGAAUUAUUGACAACUUGACACUAGAAGACGCUCAAAAAAUCAACUAUGAUUGGAACAUCAAUGACAAUAAUAAUUUGAUAACCAAUCUUUGCAAUUACACUUCUACACCACCAUUUGGUUGGUGUAACAUGACUGGAUUGGAUCAAAAUGACAAUAAGAAAUAUAAAAUAAUGGUUUUGGGUAAUAGUUGGGCGGCGAAUCAUGCGAAAAUUCUUCAUCAAGAAUGUGGAUAUAAAGCGAGGAUUAUGAUAAUUGGUGCGAAGUAUGGGUGUGAACCUCUGUAUCCGUCGGAUAAGGCUGAGAGGUGUUACAAAGAUAUUGAUGAUUUUAAAAAACAUAUUGAAGAUUUUCAACCGGAUUAUGCUUUUCAUAUCACACGGUAAUUUUUUUUUGAUCUUAACUUAACAAUUUAUGGAUUCUAUUUUAGGUUUUUUGCAUAUGGUGUUGGACCAUUUAACGGUGAUUUUGCAAACGAUGAGAUUUACCAAACCAUGUUGAAUAAUGUUAAAUUCUACACGAAAUAUAUCAAGAAAAAGUUUUAUAUUCUCGAUGCGAUUCCCAGAGCAAAAAAUCUCUUUAAUCUCGUAGAAUUUAUGAAAAUGAAUUUGACAAAUUUGGAGAUUGAUGUGAGUUUAGUAACCAAAUAGUUUUAUUUUUUCAAAAAUCGGUCUUUUAUAGGACAAAAUCACUGACUUGCAAGAUUAUGAAACAGCGCGGGUGAGAUAUCAUCAGUUAGUCAAAGAUUGCGGUGAAAAAUGUGAAUUGUUUGAUUAUGUGCCGAAAUUUUAUCAAAAAGCCACGAAACAUUGGCGAUUUUUUGAUGAUCGUGGAUUUGAAUAUUUAACUUCAGCCAAUCAUUUGUCGUUUCAUGGUUUGGAACUUGUUAGAGAUGUUGUUCGAGAUGUUUGUCAGAAGUUAUGAUGGAAUUUUUGGAAUUAUAAAUGUAUUAUUAGUAUUUAACAUAGAUAUAAAACUGGUUUUUUAUUUGUAACACAAAAUAGAAAAAAAUGAAUUUAUUUAUUUAUUGACUUUUGCAACGACACUCCGGCUUGCCCGUUGUUUAGCACAACACGAGAAUACUUUCAUUUUUCGUUUUUUUUCGCUGGGUUUUCGGGUUUCCGAGGAAAAUCAGUGGAUUUCAGUCAACAAUUGAAUUUUUAGAUGUUCUACAAGGCUGGAAUUAUCGCCUCCAACGGAAAAUUCAAGGAUUAUCGAAGAAAGGUGGGUUUUUACUAGAGAAACACUGUUUCCAUUGAAAUGUUUGAGUUUUCAGGGUCAAAAUUGAUUUUAAAUGUGAGAAGAACGAUUAUUGGUUGAUGUUGAAGCGAUAUUCGAUGGGAAAUUGA